AUGACGAGAUACACCAAGCUGGACGGAAGGCACUCGCUCGCCAAGAAGAUGGUCGACUCCGACUCGGAGCCCGAGCACGAUUACACCGUCGCCUCGGCAUCCUCCUCUCCGGUCAAGGUCGAGCCUGUCGCCGAGUCAGCAUCCGACUCCCCAUCCAAGGACAAGAAGAGCAAGAAGGAGAAAAAGGAAAGGAAGGAAAAGAAGGACAGGAAGUCGAAGAAGGAUGUGAGCGACGAGGCAGAUGGUGUCGACGGCGAGACUGGUGCCGACGCAGCGACCACAGAGCCUGCCGCAUCCACCUCGGCUGCGCCAUCCGAGCCAGAUGCCCCAGCCACUUCGGAGCCCAUCGAUUCAGAAGCGUCAGCAAAGGACGCGGAGCCGCCGACAGUGGAGAAGCUGCUGAAACGCGCCAAGCUGCUCAAGCUCAAGAUGAAGAAGGCCAAGAACGACGAGAGCAAGAAGCGGUUCCAGAAGAUGGCGCGCGACGUGGAGCGACAGGUGGAGCAGAUGUUUGGCUCGUUCGAGUACGGACCAAAGGGUCAGCUCAUCCGUCUGGGUGCUCCGCAGACCGACACCAUGUGGCAGUCUCGGCACAAGGGCGAAGACUGGUCUGCUCCCUCGGCCUCGCACGGUGGCGACGGCGGAUGGGGCGCACGCGCCGGCUACUCUGCCGCCAACAGCGCCAGCAACGGAUGGGGUCAGAACGACGAGCAGAGGCGCAUGGAUCGUCGCGAUGCGCGUCGCGAGGAGCGUGCCGAGCAGCGACAGGCCAAGCUCAAGUGUUUCGCAUGCCGCGGCAUGGGUCACUCGGCCAAGGACUGUCCCAACGCGCUCGACGCGCAGUCGAUCGCGCUCAAGUCGGACCGCGCCGAUGCACCCAUGGUGGGUCGCGACGCUGUGGGCAUCUGCUUCCGCUGCGGCUCGACCGAGCAUACGCUUUCCAAGUGUCGCAAGCCGGCGCUGAAGCACGACGAGCUCCCCUACGCCACCUGCUUCAUCUGCCACGCCAAGGGCCACCUCUCGUCCAAGUGCCCCAACAACGCCGGCCGCGGCGUGUACCCAGAGGGAGGCUCGUGCAAGCUCUGCUCGUCCGUCGAACAUCUCGCCAAGGACUGUCCGCUCUCGCUGCGCAACGAGGGCAAGCGCAACACCGACAAGGGCGCAAAGAGCCUCGUCCACCAGGUCAUCGUUGGAUCCACCAAGGAAUCCAACGCCAACGGCGGAGACGAAGACGACUUCCACAGCUUUGCGCGCAAGCGUGUCCAGGUCGAACAGGAGAGCAAGUCGGCAGACCCACCAGCCAAGAAGCACAAGUCCUCAGCCAAGGUGGUCUCUUUCUGA